CUUAAAAAAAGUUUCCAAAUUGAUGAAAUAAAUUAAUUUAUCGUGGAUUUGUUGAGGAAGAAAUCCAGAGGCCAGACGACAGUAGAAAGUGGACUCCAUGCAUACAACUCCAUAAAACCAAAACAUCCAAAACUAAUCGGAAUCUUCUUCCAUUGAUGCUCUGAGAAAUCCUUGACAUCAUUUGUAAACGGCACAUAUCAACGCUUCAGAGAAUCUAUCCAGGUAUAAGAGAUUGAACUUCCUCCAAAUUACCGAUCCCUUUGUUUUGAGAUACAGCAACGAUAUAGCAACAAAAUUGAUUUCUGUUUCGGGUUUUCCGUAAAAAGGGAAUUUCAAAUGUCUAUGUUGCGUUACCAAAUAUAGAAGAUUGGUUAAUCUUCCGCGUAAUUCUCUUCAAAUAUCCGCGUUAUUUCGAUCAUGUUACUAACUAAUGUGUUUCAGUUUUCACUAUAAAUAAGGGUUUUCAGGGUUUUUCGUUUCAAUCAUUCACAAUUUGCCUUCGAGAAACUGUUUUUUAAAGAAGAAUAUAUCGGAACUCUACAGAUUAAUCAAUGGGGGCCAAGAGUUCGAAGAAUUCAAAGGCAAAAGGAGGGAAGUAUAGCCAAUCGACAUCAUCUUGUUCAAACAAUCAGUACGGCGGUUAUCCUUCGCAGCCGUCAUCCUCUACUCCGGCGUACGGCGCACAACCUCAUAAACCACAAAAGAAGCUCGAGAAACGAUAUUCACGAAUCGCUGAUAAUUACACUUCUCUAGAACAGGUGACACAGGCUCUUUCAAAUGCCGGACUCGAAUCUUCCAACCUCAUCGUCGGCAUUGAUUUCACCAAAAGCAAUGAAUGGACAGGUUCACAAUCCUUCAAUGGAAAAAGCUUACAUCAUAUUUCAGAUCAUAGUCUAAACCCCUACGAACAUGCCAUAUCCAUCAUCGGGAAGACAUUAGCAGAUUUUGAUGAAGAUAACUUGAUUCCAUGUUAUGGAUUUGGAGAUGCAACAACACAUGAGAAAGCUGUUUUCAGUUUUUAUCAUGAAGAUAGAUUCUGUAAUGGAUUUGAAGAUGUGUUAAGUAGAUACAGAGAAAUUGUCCCUCAUCUAAAUCUUUCAGGUCCCACAUCUUUUGCCCCUGUGAUUGAACAAGCGAUGGCAAUUGUCGAUCAAAGUGGAGGCCAAUACCAUGUCCUAUUAAUCAUCGCUGAUGGGCAAGUUGGUCAUUCAGAAGAAAAGAAAACUAUAGAAGCCAUAGUCAAGGCAAGCAAGCUUCCACUCUCUAUAGUAUUAGUCGGGGUAGGAGAUGGGCCUUGGGGCAUGAUGAAGGAAUUUGACGAUAAUAUCCCUAAUCGCGACUUUGAUAAUUUUCAGUUUGUGAAUUUUACGGAAAUUAUGUCAAAAACAUACUUGCCUUCAAAUCGAAAAGAGACCGAAUUUGCUCUUUCAGCAUUGAUGGAAAUCCCUUCUCAAUAUAAAGCAACAAUUGAACUACAUUUACUCGGGAAUCGCGGAGGAAUAUUCCACCAGAGGGCCGCCCUACCACCGCCAGUUGGUCAACCAUCCUCCUCCUCCUGUAAAUCCUCAAAACCAUCGCCGUCACCUACUUUUCAAAACAAUGGUUGUACUUCAAAUGGUCAAACUAGUCAAGAUGACACGUCAGCAACAAUUUCAAAAUCCAAUAAUGAUGAACAGUUAUGCCCCGUUUGCCUUACUAAUAUGAAGAACAUGGCCUUUGGGUGUGGGCAUCAGACAUGUCACGAAUGUGGGGAAUCGCUUCAGUUGUGCCCAAUUUGUCGCGCCUCAAUCCAAACAAGAAUAAAGCUCUUCUAAAACUUGGUUUAUUUUAGCUCACAAUAUAGUUCUUCUUUUGGUGAACAUAUAUUUAGGUUUAAUUUUGGUGACUUUAAUAUGAAAACUUGAAAAAAAAAUGAUGUGGGUGAUGAGAUUUUUUAAGAAAAGGAAAAUAUUUUGAGUUGGGUUUAUUGGGUGCAUAAAGUAUCAAAC